AUGCCCGCGGGGUGGCUGCGACAGCGCGUCCUCCUCCUUCGUCCGCGUCGCGACGUCCUCUUCCCCGCGGCCGCGGCGUUCUUCGGAAGCGAAGGAGGCCUCUUCGCGGGCGCCGUCCGCGGAGGAGAACAAGCGUCGUCGACUGCUGGAACGACGACGACGACGCCGAUGUCCGCGACGACGCCGCGCGACGGCGACGCGACCGCGAUGCGAGCCCCCCCCGGCGCGGAAGAACCCCCGCUCCUGCCGCCGCCCUCCCGCGGCGGGUUCAAAAUUCCAAAGCGGAAGCCCGCGCCGCCGCCGCCGCCGCCGCCGCCGCCGCCGCCGCCGACGACGACGACGGACGCGGACGCGUCCGCGACGACCGGCGACCGCGCGUCGCGCCGCGCGCACCGACCGCGCCACCGCAAGCACAAGCACCUCCUCGUCGUCGACCUCAACGGCCUCCUCGUCGACCGCCGGAUGUCCCCGCACGUCGCGCCGGACGGCACCAAGGUGGCGCCCGACGGCAAGUUCGGCCGCUUCCUCGUGUACAACCGCGCGCACAUCGACGACUUCAUCGACUGGAUCCACGAGCGCUUCACCGUCGGCGUGUGGUCGUCCGCGCGCGAGCACAACGCGCGCGCGCUCGUGAACCACGCGUGGGGGGCGAAGCGGCGCGACAAGCUCGCGUUCGUGUGGGGGCAGGACCGAUGCACGCACGCGGGCGCGAUGGACCCGCGCGAUGGGCCGCGAUCUAAGCCGAUACUGUUGAAGGAUCUACGCAAGCUGUGGGCGACGCCGUCGUACGCGCGGUUCGGGCCGUCGAACACGCUGCUGCUGGACGACUCGCCGUACAAGGCGGUCAUGAACCCGCCGCACACGGCGCUGCAUCCGGCGGAGUACGUCCUCGGGAGUGGCGACGACGCGGAGGAGAAUCUUCUUGGCGAAGGCGCGUCCGUUCAUUCUCGCGCCGGUCUUUCUCGAGGACGGACUUUUCCCGCGCGUCCGUCGUCGCCCUUCACCCCGCGCCGCCUUCCUUUCACCGCUCGCUCUUCUCUUUCACCGCGCAACCGACCGACCAACCGACCGACGAAUCGAAUCGAAUCCAUCCCACGCCCACUCGAACCCGCGGGCCCUUCGACAGACGGCGCUCUGCGGAAGUACCUCGCGCGUCUCGCCGAGUCCGACAGCGUCCCGGAGUUUGUCAUGACGGAUCCGUGGGCGAACCACGGCGCGGAGGCGCCGCCGAGCGACGCGGACGUGAUGGAGAAGGCGAGGCGGGGCGGGGAGGCGGUCGCCGCCGCGGAGUUGGCGGCGGAGAGGGCGGGCGCUGGCGGCGAUGCGAACGAGAUCGAGCUGCCUCCGGACGACGACGGCGGCGGCGGCGACGGCGCGGGGGACGGAGGAGAUCGAAACGAGAUCGCGCUGCUGGACGAGUGGGGCGGGUCGGACGACGACGAGCGCGAGGAGAAAAAGUCGACCGAUAUCGCGCGCGCCGUCGCGGGCGGCGGCGAGGACGAGGACGAGGACCGGCCGGGCCCGGCCCCGGCUCCGCGGGCGAAAAAGCCCAAGCGCGUCUUCACCGGCGCGGGCGCGUCUCUGUUCAUCAGGCGGUGGGCGUGGAAGAGAGAGGCGAAGUCGGACGAGGAGCGGUUCGAGCUGCCGUACGAGCACGAAGUCGCGGUCGCGGUCGCGGUCGGAGACGGGGCGGACGGAGGGGACGGGGCGACGCAAACGAAGAAACGGUCGAUAUCGAUGCGUUUUAAUCAGGCGCGGUUCGACGCCGGCGGCGCCGCCGGAGGGUUCGCGUCGUCCGUCUGGGACAGCGCGAUCGUCCUCGCGAAACACGUGGAGAAACGCCCGGAGCUCUUCCGCGGGAAGCGCGUCGUCGAGCUCGGCGCCGGGUGCGGGCUCGUGAGCGCGGUGCUGCUCGCCGUCGGCGCGUCGAGGGUCGUCGCGACGGAUUUGCCGGAAAACCUCGAGCUGCUGCGCGGCAACGUGCGCGCCAACGCGGCCGCGUGCGGCGCCGCGGAGGAGGAAGACGGAACGUCAACCGCCGCGGAGGUGGAAGACGGAACGUCAACCGCCGCACCAACAACGCCGACGUUCGCGGUGAAGGCGCUGAGGUGGGGCGAGGACGCCGCGAGCGCGCUGGGCGAGACGUUCGACGUCGUCGUCGCCGCGGACUGCAUGUACGUCGAGGAGACCGCCGGGGAGUUGGCGGACGCGACGAGAGCGCUCGCGCCCGCGGCGGUGUUUUCGUACGGGAGGAAUCGACAGGCGGAGGACGCGUUCGCGGACGCGUGCGGCGGCGGCGGCGAAGGCGAAGGCGGCGGCGGCGGCUCGCGCGCGCUCGCGAUGGAGGACGUCCCCGAGGACGAGCUCGAUGAGCUGUACCAGUGCUCGGACGUGCGCGUCGUGCGAUUGCGAAUGCGCGCGAAGAAGGCGUGA